CUUAUCUACUACAAAUCUACAAAAUGCAUACUUGAGUUUUUUUUAUGCUUCAAAAAUGUCCACGUUGUUUGGUUUUAAAACAUCAAAGGUUUUUUUUAAAUAUGUCAAGUUAAUAAAUGUAAAAGGUGGAGUUUAUAUAUGAAGUAGUAGACUUGUGGUUUAAAAUAAUAAUUGAAGAAAAAUGGAACAUAACUCUAAAUGACGAGAAAAUCAACAGUUUGUUAAAAUAUCAAUUCAUAACCAUCUUAUUAUUUACUGUGCAAGUGUGAAAUGCUUAAAAAUUCAAACGUUUCUGAUGUUCGCUAACAGAGAACCACUCGAAGCUUUAGUUGAAUGGCAUAGGUGCAAUAUAUAGCAAGGAGGUGGGAUCGCAGCUGAUUGAUGAGCACUUGAAAAAUACGGAGAAAAGCAUUAUGUGUACAUCGCUAUCAAAUGAUUAAUAGCCUACAUAUAACUUUAGAUGACGAAAAUUUAAUGAAUACAUAAAUUUAAUUUUUUUUUGUUCAAAUAAAAGUAAUAACUGGUGUAAUUGUAAACAAAGUGGUCGGGACACGCGAGCUAUGCAAUAGAUAUGCGUGCGCGAUCACGUUAAGUGUGAGGUGAAGUGAAAAUAAGCAGACAUAUCUGCGUAUCAUAAUGGCACUGAUAUUUGUUUUUAUUGUUAUUCUUGUUACUACAGCCAUGUCAUUACCUCCAGUCAUUAGAAUUGGUGCAAUUUUCACGGAGGAUCAAAAGGAUAGUCCUUCGGAAUUAGCAUUCAAAUAUGCCGUCUAUAGAAUCAAUAAAGAUAAAAGUUUACUGCCAAACACAACACUUGUCUACGACAUUCAAUACGUGCCAAAAGACGACUCAUUUCGAACUUCAAAGAAAGCUUGCAAGCAGUUAUCAAGAUCAGUGCAGGGUAUAUUUGGACCUUCAGAUCCUCUCUUAGGAGCACACAUUCAAAGUAUAUGUGAAGCACUGGAUGUUCCGCAUCUUGAAGCCAGAAUGGAUUUUGAACCAACUUUCAAAGAGUUCAGUAUUAACCUAUAUCCAGCUCAAGAGCAUUUGAAUAAAGCAUUCACAGACCUCAUGUCCUUUCUCAAUUGGACAAAAGUUGCCAUAAUUUAUGAGGAAAAUUACGGGCUAUUUAAACUUCAAGACCUAGUAAAAUCACCACCAUCACCACGCACAGAAAUGUACAUUCGCCAAGCGGGUGCGGGAACAUACAGAGAUGUUUUACGAGAAAUACGACAAAAAGAAAUUUAUAAACUUAUUAUUGAUAUAGAUCCUAUUCAUAUGCAACAUUUUUUCCGAGCAAUUUUACAACUACAAAUGAAUGAUCACAGAUACCAUUAUAUGUUUACAACUUUUGAUAUUGAAACUUUUGAUCUGGAAGACUUCAAAUAUAACAAUGUUAACAUGACAGCAUUCCGAUUAGUUGACCUAGAAGACCCAAAGGUAAUAGAAAUUUUAAAGCAAAUGGAACGAUUCCAACCGAUUGGACAUGCUAUUCUUAAUCGCACAGGCAUCAUACAGGCAGAACCAGCUCUGAUGUAUGAUAGUGUACAAGUGUUCGCUCAUGGUCUUGCUGCAUUAGAUCGGAGUCACGUACUUCGACCAGUGAAUUUAUCUUGUGAAAAAGAAGAACCUUGGGAUGAUGGUUUAUCACUUUAUAAUUAUAUUAAUACCGCAGGACUGCAAGGUUUAACAGGUCGUAUAGAAUUUAAUGAAGGCAAGAGGAAUAAUUUUAAAUUGGACCUCAUAAAAUUAAAAAAAGAAGAAUUAGUAAAAGUUGGUGAAUGGCGACCAGGAUUUGGUAUUAAUAUAACCGACGUCGAAGCUUUCUACGAUAAAAGCAGUGUUAAUAUUACACUUGUCGUUAUGACACGUGAGGAAAAACCAUAUGUGAUGGUUAGACAAGAUCAAAAUUUAACAGGAAAUGCUAGAUUUGAAGGAUUCUGUAUUGAUUUACUCAAAUGGAUAGCAACCCAAGUGGGAUUUCAAUACGCUAUUCGAUUAGUACCUGAUCAUAUGUAUGGUGUCUAUAAUCCGGAAACGAAAGAAUGGAAUGGAAUAGUUCGUGAACUAAUGGAAAAGAGAGCAGAUUUAGCUGUUGCAUCAAUGACUAUUAAUUAUGCCAGAGAGAGUGUUAUUGAUUUUACCAAACCAUUUAUGAACCUAGGCAUUGGGAUACUUUUUAAGGUACCAUCCAGUCAACCAACUCGACUGUUCUCCUUCAUGAAUCCACUAGCUGUUGAGAUAUGGCUUUAUGUACUGGCAGCAUACAUGCUCGUCAGUUUUACGCUCUUUGUGAUGGCUCGCUUCAGUCCUUACGAGUGGAAUAAUCCUCAUCCCUGUUUAGCUGAAAGUGACAUCGUCGAAAACCAAUUUAACGUCAGCAACAGCUUUUGGUUUAUCACUGGUACUUUUUUAAGACAAGGCAGCGGCCUCAACCCCAAGGCAACCAGUACGAGAAUAGUGGGAGGUAUCUGGUGGUUUUUUACUCUAAUUAUUAUAUCUUCCUAUACUGCAAACCUUGCAGCAUUUUUAACAGUAGAAAGGAUGAUCACUCCAAUAGAAAAUGCAGCUGAUCUAGCUGAACAAACUGAAAUAGCUUAUGGUACUCUAGAAGGUGGAAGUACCAUGACAUUUUUUCGAGAUUCGAAGAUAGGAAUUUACCAAAAAAUGUGGCGAUUUAUGGAAGCUAAAAAAUCCUCAGUAUUUGUUCCAUCUUAUGAAGAAGGUAUUAAAAGAGUGCUAGAAGGUAAUUAUGCCUUUCUCAUGGAAUCUACAAUGCUUGAUUACGCUGUACAACGAGAUUGCAAUCUUACACAAAUAGGAGGAUUAUUAGACAGUAAAGGAUACGGAAUAGCCACACCGAAAGGCUCGCCCUGGAGAGACAAAAUAUCUCUUGCUAUUCUCGAAUUGCAGGAGAAAGGCGUAAUACAAAUUCUUUACGACAAGUGGUGGAAAAACACCGGAGACGUAUGUAACAGGGAUGAAAAAAGUAAAGAAAAUAAAGCAAAUGCUCUGGGAGUUGAGAACAUUGGAGGUGUCUUUGUUGUACUUCUUUGUGGCCUUGCUCUUGCAAUUCUUGUUGCUAUUCUCGAAUUUUGCUGGAACUCGAAGAAAAAUUCUCAACCAGAUCGGUCUCUCUGUGCUGAGAUGGCUUCAGAAUUGCGGUUCGCAUUAUGUUGUGGCUCUCAACAACGUCCAAUAGCGAAGAAUCGGAAGCAAGGCAGUUUGGAUCCUACAUUACGGACGCAAUACAGUCCUCAACCUUCACUAGUAAGAAGUCGUCAAUGCUUCAGCCAUGAGGAAACUACAUAUAUACCGAGCAUUGAGAUACCUCGAUUAAACGGUCAAAAACUUUACCAUCGCCAUCAUCGACAACAGUCGCAUCAAGCUCCACCACCACCGCCAUCGGUUUGCAAGGCAACCCCCGUACACACGCAUCGCUGUCGUUGCCACUCUCAUACUCACAGUCGCAACCACUCGCACAAACAUCAACAUCUACUGCCGAAACAGAAGCGGAAUUCACCGAGCAUCAGCAUAAGUCAAGGAGGUGACCAUCCUGAAAAUAUUCUUUGGAGAUUCGAUUGCGAUUUAGCUGGUGAACCUGAUGUUGUUAUUUCACCUCCACCUCCUCCUCCACCACUUACCACUACUGUUUCAAGAACUACAACACUUUGACCAAUACUUGAAGAGGUGCCGACAGGCGUGCCCGCGCAAAAGGAACUUGCUGCACAAGCCGCCGUUGUUGUUAACAUCGAUCAAAAAGAAACUUGCUUAUAGCACUUAUGAAGCCCUGACGGGGCUAAUAAUGAAGUCAACUAGACGCUGCGGGACCAGAGAAAAUAGUAGGGAAGCUCGACGCAUAUUGAUGUUACUGUGAAACAGCUUAUUAUUACCACAAAGUCAGUAACCAAAUUAGACGGGCUUCAUUCAUCUUCUACUGGAAUUUUAUUUUAUUGCGCUUUUGUAGCUGAUACAAUUACUUCUUUCUCUAUUUUUGUGAUCAUUAUAAUCCUAUUUUAUGUCAUUUUCUUUCCAAAUUUGCAUUAUUUAUAAAUCAUUAAUUCUUCAUCAGAAACAAUUUUAUUGGCAAAUGGACCAAAUUUCGCUAAUUCACUGCCAUCUUUUUUAUCAUCAUGUAUAUAUAAAAAUGAAUCGUUUUUCUGUACAGUAAAUAUUCCGAGUAAAAUCGACAUGAUAACACGUAAAUGAUUUGGAAAUAUUUCCACAGCUAUAAAUUAUAAAAAUAAUUGAACGAGCAGUCUAACUAUCAUCAAAUCUGUCAAUUCGACGUUUCACAGUUAAAUAACAUCGGUUAGGAAAAUUUUUUAUAUUAAAUUGAAUAAUUAUAAAUGAUAAUUUAAAAUGAUGUAAAUAACUAGAAUAAUUGAAUCGAUAAUUACAUUCGUAACACAACUGAAACUCCAAAAUUAAAUUAAAGCACAAUCUACUUCGGACCAGUGGAAUGUGCACUUAACAGAAAUGUAUGUAGAGAAUAAUUCGUCCAGUAUUUUACAAAUGAAAUAGUAUGAUUUUUAUGGAUGAAUGUAUUUAACGUCAUGAUAUGAGAAUACUUAAGUGUGUAAGUUUGUAAAGUAUAGAUAGAGUUUGGCAUUAUACCCCAUAAAUACUAUAUCUUGGACAGCUUUACCUAUUAAUACAACAUGUGUAUAUUAUACGUAUAUGUAAUGUCCAUCGAUUAAAGGCCAUGUAUACAGACCCGUUACUUACUCAUAUAUUCAUUACUUAAAACGAUGCUUGUACAUAGUAUACAUAAUAAUAUAUGGAUAGAUUACUCGAAAGUAUAAGAUUAUAAUUAAUUCAACAUCACGGCCUACAUCAGUAAAGAUUUCAAAUAAUGUGUAUUAAUGCAGUUGUAAAUAAUGAAACAGAAAAUUAUGUCACUACAAGUGCAACGACUGUUCAAUGUUUACAUAAUUGUCAGUAAAUAUAUUUAUAUACAUAUAUAUAUAUAUAUAUUU